UUAUAUUUAUAUUUGUAUAAGAUAAUAUUAUACAUAUAAAAACAUUUAUAAAGAAUUUAAAAACACCUGCUUACAAUUGUGAAGUCUUAGACAGCAAGUUGUGAACUAAAACGUUAAUACUGUAUUUAUUGUAAUUAGAAAGAUUUUCGUUACCGAUGUUCCCAAUUCUAACGUUUUAUGACUACAGUAACCGGUUUUAGUCGUCUGUUCCUAAAAUUUCUCUCUUUAUUCUUCUUUAGAGAGUAUUGCAACGAGACUAUUUUAAAGUGUACUUGCCAGUUUCAUCGAGAGUAUAGAAAGUUACGGUCAAUAUUUCUCCUCUUUCAUCGAGGGUACAGACACAGUCGAUAUUUUCUAAACAAUUUACUUUUCUAUUCAUCAAAAUGUCCGAUUCCGAAUUUGAAUGCUCUGAUUUAUCAGGAAGCGAAUCUGACGAAAGCUUCACAAGCGGUAGCGAUCUAGAAUAUAGUGACAAUUUUGAUGGAAACAUCGAUUCUUCAAAGGAAUGGUGCGAGAUAAACACAGAAAAUCCUCCUCCCCCUCCUCCACGCUUUCGUUUUCUGGCAACUCCUGGGUGUACUUUUACUCUAAAUGAUAUGUUCGAUCCGUUAGAAUAUUUCAGAUUAUUUUUUGAUAUUAAGUUAAUUAAUAUUAUUGUUAAAGAAACUAACCGUUAUGCGAUGCAACAACCAAAAAGAACCAGAAAGCAUUGGGAUUCCAUUACAACAGAAGAUAUUUAUGUAUUUCUCACAAUUUGUAUAAUUCAGGGAAUUAUCCAUAAACCGGAGGAGAGGAUGUACUGGAACACGAAUGAAAUAUUUCUCACGCCAAUUUUUAGUAAAUUGAUGCCAAGAAACAGAUUUUUACAAAUAAAUAAAAAUUUACAUUUCGACAAUAAUGACAAUUACGAUUCGACAACCAAUCCCGAUUCGAAAAUAAAUAAAAUUUGGUCAAUAGUAGCAAAUUUAAAUAAAAAAUUUUCACAUCUUUAUGUACCAGAAAGAGAUAUAUCAGUAGACGAGAGUCUUAUGCUUUACAAGGGUCGUCUUUCGUGGAAACAGUACAUUCCACUGAAACGGUCUCGUUUCGGAGUGAAAUUCUUUAUGCUAUGUGAAUCUGCAUCCGGCUACUUGUACAAUUUUAUAAUUUACACCGGAAAAGGUACUACUUUUAAUGAAAAAUACCAAGAAAUGCCAAUAGCAUCCCAAAUCGUGUUAUCGUUAGCGGAUCCGUUGUUAGGCAAAGGCUACUGUCUAACAACGGAUAAUUAUUAUACUUCUCCACAGUUAGCGGAUUAUCUCAUAUCGUGCCAGACAGAUUUGUGCGGAACAGUACGUACCAACAGAAGAGAUGUUCCAGGUGUAAUUCAUAACAAAAAAUUGGAAAAGGGAGAGAUAGUGGCAGUGCAGAGAGAUAAAGUAAUGAUUUUAAAAUGGCAGGAUAAGAGAGCUGUUACUUUACUCUCUACAUUCCACAACCCUGUAAAAGUAAACAAAGAAAUGCGUGAUGGUAGCGUACAAUCGAAGCCACAGGUUGUGUUGGACUACAACCACACAAUGGGAGGUGUUGACCUCUUAGAUCAACAUCUGCAUGAUUAUCCGGUGACAAGAAAAGGGGGAAAGAAAUAUUAUAAAAAAAUAUUUUUUCAUUUGGUAGAUAUUUGUUUGUAUAAUGCAUUUGUGUUAUAUAAGAAAAAUGGUGGCGAAAAGGAUAACUUAGGUUUUAGAAUGAGACUUGUUGAACGGCUAAUGGAGGAAUAUCACACCGAAACGAGAGGAAAUAAACAAAAUCGGCCGAAAUCGUUCGGUCCUCUUAGACUCACGGGAAGACAUUUUCCGGGCUGUAUUCCGCCAACUGAGAAAAAAGAUGCACCCACUAGAUGCUGUGUUGUAUGUAGCCAAAGUAGUAAGAAGGGGAAAAAACUGAGGAAAGAAUCGCGGUAUUACUGCAAAGAUUGUGACGUUGCGUUAUGUGCUGCACCGUGUUUUAGAUUAUACCAUACUAAAGUAGAUAUUUAAGUUCAAUUUUAUUAUAUUUCGUAAUUAUGUCAUGUAUACUCUUAUUUGUUUUUCAUAUGUAAUUAUAUGUACAAUUUUAUAGCAUAUUUUAUUUCUAUUUAUUAUAACUUGUAAUUAUGUCAAAUCUAUCUUUAUAACAUUAAAUUUAUAUUCGUUUUUCUGUUUUGUCGUGUUUUUUCACCCUGUUUCCACCCGAUCGAGAGUCUGUCUCGAGCAUGGCUCUUAUUUACGUUCUACUGGACGAUUUUUAUGACCAACAAAUGCCAUAAUUUUAUGCCCAAUAGAAGAUUUUGUUUUGGACCUUUCUCUGGUCUUUGGACGUAUAAAAAUAGUACAAAUGAUCGAAAAUAACAUGAUAUAUUUGAGUAUUUGCGGUAACUAGAACAUACGUGGCUAUAAACCCGACUUUCCAUGAGACAUUCAUGGAAACGACCCGCCAACAGCUGCUCUGAAGGUCAAACGGUUGUAGACACUAUUAUAGCGGUUUGUUUUAUAUGAAAAAAAUGAUAUCGCUAAAUAAUACAUAAUAAACGAAAGGAAGUUUUGUACAAAAGUUUUUGAAAAAUGCUUUU